CUCCCACCCCCAUCACAUCUAGUCCUUUUACUUGCCAGUUGUGACUAUUUAACCCAGUUUAGCUCUCCCUUUUUUCGCUUCUGCGGCGCGCAUCGCGUCGUCCCGAGUCUUCCGCUUCUUCCUCUUUUGCUGCUUUUCUUUUCCUGCUGCAGCUCUCGGACUCCUCUCUCUCUCUCAGUCUCUCUGUUUCGUGUUUUUUUCCCCCCCACAGUUAUGUCGUUCUACUUAGAAGAAUGUGAACAGUUUUCAUCUGUCUUCUGUGCCACAUGACGAGCUGCCCUCAACAUAUCCCGCUCCUCUCUCAGGUCUGACGCGCCUGCACCUGUCCAUGGUGCUGAAACGCAUUUUUCCCCACGAAGACGCCGGUGCGCUGCUGCUCUCACAUUUCCAAAAAUAGUCAUCAAUUCUGCAUCUUUUUCGUGUUCUGCUGGGUGAGAUAAUUUCAGCAAGAACUGGUUCGUCUUGCCGGCGAGGCUUCUCAACUGAAGGCAGAAGGAGUUGGUCUUAAAGGAAGCAGAAAGAAUCGAUUACGAAAGAGACUACAGCGACUGCAUCGAUUUCAGGAGGACUCGUCUUGCUAGACUUGACAAAAAAAUAAAUAAAACAAGAACAUCGGAUGCAUGGACGAUUGUUGUAACGCAACUGAGCCUGGAGAUAUUUUCUCUUUAAGAACCAGUUGGGGAACUGGAAAUAGCGGAUGAAUAAUCUCCAUUUGUAGCGUAUCCAAAAACAGUUUUCUUGGUGUGGGGAGGGGGGUUCUUUUUUACUCUGCUGGAUCAACUGAGACUAAAACACCCCCUCCCCCUCCCAAAAAUAAAAGUUGUCCUGAAUACCAAAUGGUAGUUUGAGGAGGCCUCGAGCUAGACAAUGGAGGCGUCCGCCAACGGGUCCAGUUUUGGCAUCGACUCGCUGCUGUCCCACAGGCCUGGAAGUCCGGUGUCCAAAGGGGACAGCCUGGCGGGGGAGUGCCGCUCGCCUCUGGAGUUCAGCCCGAGAUCAGAUGUGGAGAGCGGCUGCUCGUCGCCACCGUCGCCGAGGAGAGAGUGCGCGGAGGAGGUGGCCCAGAGGCAAGGUCACGGCGUGGGCCUACCGCCGCACCUCCAGCACGCGCAGAUAUCGGCGGGGUCGCAGCAAAGGACCGUGACCUCGUCUUUCCUCAUCAGAGAUAUUCUCGCGGACUGUAAGCCUCUGGCCGCUUGCGCGCCCUACUCCAGCAAUGGCCAGCCGACCCAGGAGCGGGGGAGGCUGGCCUCGAAGAUAGCGGACGACUUUAUGGAGAAAAUCCACAGCAACUCGUCGUCAGACAGUGAAUAUAAAGUGAAAGAGGAGGGGGACAGGGAGAUCUCCAGCAGUAGAGACAGCCCUCAGGUUCGGCUGAAGAAGCCCAGGAAGGCCCGGACGGCCUUUACGGACCACCAGCUGGCGCAGCUGGAGCGCAGCUUCGAGCGGCAGAAGUACCUGAGCGUCCAGGACCGCAUGGAGCUGGCGGCCUCCCUCAACCUCACCGACACACAGGUCAAGACUUGGUACCAGAACCGGAGGACAAAGUGGAAGAGGCAGACUGCGGUGGGACUUGAGCUUCUGGCGGAAGCUGGAAACUAUUCCGCCCUGCAGAGGAUGUUUCCGUCCCCGUACUUCUACCCGCAGAGCCUGGUGUCCAACCUGGACCCCGGAGCGGCCCUCUACCUGUACAGAGGCCCCUCGGCGCCCCCGCCGGCCCUGCAGAGACCCCUGGUUCCGCGGAUCCUGCUGCACGGCCUGCAGGGGGGCAGUGAGCCCCCUCCGCCGCCUCCUCUGCCCCCCAUGUCCGGCGUGCUUCGGCCCGCUCAGCAGCGGUGAGCCGGACCCUGCAGAUUUUGUUUUUUUGUACGCCGACCUUGGCAGCUUUGGACUCAUUAGAAGAAAUUAAAGACAGACAGAAAAAUAUAAAAACGUGACGAACAAGAGAAAAAGAAAGAAACUUUUCGUGGCCUUCAUGGUGCGAAACGACCGAUUGUAGGCUGAACCCCUGUGGACGGAGCUUUGUGACUGAACCUCGAACUGUCUUUGUGGAAGGAUUUUAUUUUCCAUUUUUGGGGGGGACAUGAGCUUUAUUUAUAACUUAUUUAUUUUUCAAUAUGAAUUAAAGCAUCUAAGUUAUGUAUUUAUUUAAUCCAAGUUUCAGUAUUUUCAGUGUUUUUACCAACAAAGAUAGGCUACAAUUGUUGGUGGCACUUUGACCUGUCCACCUUAGUCCAAAGCUAAUUAGACCCCCUAUUGGCAUUAUUAUUAUUAUUAUUAUUAUGAUUAUUAUUAUUAUGAUUAUUAUUAUUAUUUGGACGUGCACGGAUAGUGGCAAAAGCAGAAACGAGCAUCCUUCCAUGUAUUUUCAAUAUAAUGUAGUUACAGGAUCCAAAGGAACAAUUAGUAAAUAUUUCUUUUUUUCCUUUCUAAAUCUGUCAUUGAUUUUUCAACAAGCAGUCAUAAACAUGUAAAUAAGAAUAUUUUGCAUUUUAUUCGAAAGAGACUGAUUUUAAAGAAACUUUUUGUUUUGUUUUGAUCUAUGAGUGUGUCGUUUUCAGACCACGGUGAUCCAGUUUAACACAAUAGGCUAGAUUAGCCAACCCGAAACUAUAGAGGUGAAUGAGUCAGAAUAAUAAAAAAGAAAAAAAAGGGGGGAAAAAAGCAGAUUUGUCUGAGAAAGGAUGGACUACCUGCCUGGACCCACAUAUAGGCACAACCACGAGAGCUACUGAAAGAAAUAAAUCUAUAUAAAAAAGUCUUUUUCCUGUUCUUAGUUGAAGUUUUAGCGGAGUAAAAAUGUCAAGUAAUUUAUAUAAAAAAAAGCAGUUUUAUCUCCGCAGAUGGGGAAACAGGGGAAGCAAUCACCUCGGUAAUGUCUUUAUUUCUGUUAAUUUUUUUUUUCGCUAAACAAACGGAUCGGACUCGGGUCCACGUCCAGGCGUAACUGCCUGUUGAUUUGCUAUAGAUGUAUUUGAACAGACGUUGUGCAUUACUUAUGUUAUUUCAUAUGAAGCCGUGAUUACCCUUACUUGUUAUACUCUCCUUUGGUGAAAAUGUAUAUUGCAGAUAUCAAACUUGUGGAGUGGUUCUCGUAUAUUUCCUGGAUCGUUUUCUUAUUUUUAUUUUUAUUUUAUUUUUUCUCGUCCCUCUAGCUUCCCCCAAACUCUCCCGUUUCGUGAAGUUCAUUUAUUGUGUGAAAUUCACAGCAAAAAGAUGGACAGAAA